UCCUGGUGAGCGCGCGACUGUCAAAAUAUCAACAGUGGCAGCCCAACUUAGUUUGCACAAUUCUGUCAGACACAUUUCCAACUCUCAGCGCCUUCUCUUUAAAAAGAAGAGCAGGGGUGAUUUUUGAGAUGUGUUCAAAGGUGAUAUCGAACUCCAAGGAGUUUUACGGAACCCUUCGGGCUGAAGAUAUGGCCAUGGGUGCUCAGGUGGAGAAUUAUAGCCAUCAUUACCACCUCUAAAUGAACUGCCUGAUCUGAGUGACAUUUGCUCUGUGUUUGCUCCACAUUCAACUGUGGAGACGCACGAUAUACAGGUCGUUUCAAGAUGAAGAAAGCAAUGAUCAAUGCCUAUAUGAGGAGGACAUCCAAAUGUUAAAGAUCAACGGAGAUAGAGUUCCUGUGCUGAAUUUGUUCUGUGGCAACCAGCCAGUUUUCAUCUGUGAAAAAGCAGUUCCAAAAAUAGUAGACUGUGAUGAUCAAGAAAUGACUGAAACAUCAAACUGCACUAGUGAAGAUGCUGAUGAUGAUGAAGACACCAACACACUCCAGACAGAAAUAGGACCACAGCCGCUCACAGUCAUGAAAGCAAGACAGAUGCUGUCUUGGUACACAUUAUCUCAAAAUGCCAGUGUGUCAGCUGUGGACAACAACCCUGCCUUACGGCCUCUGUGGCUGCGAUGUGACAUGUCUGAUCCAGCUGGAACAACCUGGUUUGGAGCUGAAACCAUCUGCAUGGGGGGUAAAGUGUCUGGAGUCAAGUUGUACUCUGUAACCUGCAAAGGUUCAACAUCGGACAGAAGCUCUCUCAUAACCCUGGAUGAGCUUAAACAGGAGCACAAGAAAAGGCAUCACCCAUCUUCGAUGGUGAUUAAAGGCAAUGCCAGGUUCAGCUUGUUUGGCUCCACUGUAGUUGAAAACACAACAAUUGAGUCACAGAUUAGUGUGACUGUGGAUUUCAAAUGGAGCCAUGUUGAAAGUAUCCUGGAGACCCCACCCCUUUCCUCUACAGCACACCUGAACAUCAAAGUUGCCAGCGGGGACAUGAGGAGCCCAAUGUAUGAGAUGUACAGGGAGCUGGAGUUUCUUCAGACCCUUGCUGAUGGUUUGAGAACUGGGAACACUGAAUGGACGGAACCCUUAGAAAGCAUGUCAGCUGUAAAUCUGACGAAAGCCUUCCUAGAAGAGCUUCAGAACACAGUCAAGACACUCCAGGAACAGGCUGUUAAACCAGCAGAGACCCCAAAGCUGAAGACCGAAACCGAGACUCCUAUUAACAACUCUCUCUUGGAACGAGGGGAUUUGGAUUUUGUGGAGCAGCUGUGGGUGAAGAUGAGAAAGAGUGUGACUUCAUAUCAAGACAUUGCUGACUGCUUGAAAUUGGUCAUUGAAGCUCUCAGAUAUGGUGAUGUGAAACCCUGGAUUCACAGAGACAGUAACAGCUCCCUCAGUAAGCUCAUCCUGCAGUCCUACCACAAGCAGAUCGAUCAUGUGUCUCUUACGGGUGUCACCCCGAUCAGCAUGCUGCUGGAAAUGGGUCUGGACAAGUUAAGAAAGGAUUACAUCAACUACCUCAUUGGUGAAGAGUUAACUACCUUAAACCAUUUGUGUUACUACCUGAGCACAGAAGUCGAUCUGCAGGAACAAGUGAUCCGACUCAGAAAACUGCACCAUCUGCUGGAAAUAAUUCUGACCUGCAGUACUUUCCUGGAAUUGCCCUAUGACCAGCUCUUCCUCCUCACACAGUCAUGUUUGCAGCACUACAAAACAUACCCCUAUGACGAGGAGCACAAUUUCAAACUGCAAAUCAAACCAGCGCUGAUCAGCCACUUCUACCAGAAAGAGCACCCAGGGGUCUGGGGCGUUGAGGUGUCCAGUGGCCAAGGUCCACGUGAAGUCAGGACAUCUUUACAGCUCAGUGACCAACCGCUUGUUGAUCAUGUCAUCUUUGACACAGAUUGCCCAAAUGAGACGGUGAACGGGGACAGUGAUGAGCCUGCUUUCUUCUCCACCAUGGUGUGCUGUAGUCUUGUCAACUUUGCAUGAAUUUGAACAACCAAGGAGCAGCUUUGAGAUUCUCAUUAGCAUACCUGUAUCUUUAAAUGCAAUGAGAACGAGCCAACUUGUCUUAUUAUGCAUCAAUAACUGUUUAAUGAACACUGUCAAGUUGCCUGUACAUAUACUUAAGUUGUGUUAUAUAUCUAAAAUGACUUACUUCAAGUUUUUUUGUAUGUUUGUUGUUGACGCAGUCAUAGGAUUUCCAUUCCAGUCUUUAUUAUCACAUUUUGAUGAACUUUUCUCUGUUCAGUGUCACAGGUGAAAUAAAUUUGCUGAGGCUUUUUGCCAAAAAUC